AUGGCGGUCGAAAAACAGGGAACCGCAUUGACUGCGGUCAACUCCCAAAGUACGAGAACUCUUCUGAGGACCAUCAUUCUUUUCUUGAUCGCUGGCGCCGCCAUUGCCAGCCGUCUGUUCUCGGUCAUUCGGUUCGAGAGUAUUAUCCACGAGUUCGACCCCUGGUUCAACUUUCGCGCAACUAAGUACCUCGUUGCCAAUGGAUUCUACAAGUUUUGGGACUGGUUUGAUGAUCGCACAUGGCACCCUCUUGGCCGUGUCACCGGUGGUACUCUGUAUCCCGGUCUCAUGGUUACCUCGGGUGUCAUCUAUCACGCUCUGAAGGCCUUGACCGUCCCCGUCGAUAUUCGAAACAUUUGCGUUCUUCUCGCGCCCGCCUUCUCCGGCUUGACGGCGUUCGCCUCGUACCUCCUUACCAAUGAAAUGACCACUUCGCCAUCGGCUGGCCUGUUGGCUGCGGUUUUCAUGGGUAUUGCCCCCGGUUACAUUUCUCGAUCCGUUGCUGGCAGUUACGACAACGAAGCCAUCGCCAUUUUCCUUUUAGUUUUCACCUUCUAUCUCUGGAUCAAGGCCCUGAAGCUCGGUUCUAUGCUUUGGGGUGCUCUUUGCGCGCUCUUCUACGGCUACAUGGUCUCGUCUUGGGGUGGCUACGCUUUCAUCACCUGUCUUCUGCCUAUGCAUGCGCUCGUUUUGAUUUGCAUGGGACGCUACAGCACUCGUCUCUAUGUGAGCUACACCACCUGGUACGCUCUCGGAACGCUUGCUAGUAUGCAGAUUCCCUUUGUCGGCUUCUUGCCCGUCAAGACCAGCGAGCACAUGCCCGCUCUUGGCAUCUUUGGAUUUUUGCAGUUCAUCGGCUUCAUCCAGUACGUCCGUUCCGCCAUUUCCGGAAAGCAGUUUCAGACUUUCCUGGCCACCCUUGUCAUUGGCACGUUUGGUAUCGGUCUUGUCGGUCUCGUCGCCCUCACCUCGCUCGGCUACAUUGCUCCUUGGGGUGGUCGUUUCUACUCUCUGUGGGACACCAGCUACGCCAAGAUUCACAUUCCCAUCAUCGCAUCCGUCUCUGAGCAUCAGCCUACCGCCUGGCCUGCUUUCUUCUUUGACCUCAGCAUGCUGAUCUGGCUGUUCCCUGCUGGUGUCUACCUGUGCUUCAACGACCUCAAGGAUGAGCACGUCUUUGUUGUCGUCUACGCUCUGUUUGGCAGCUACUUUGCCGGUGUCAUGGUCCGUCUCAUGCUGACUCUGACUCCUGUUGUCUGCGUUGCUGCCGCUAUUGCUGCUUCGCAGAUUCUGGACUCUUAUCUAUCCGUUGACUCCCCCACCGUGGCCGAAGUGGAGAGCGCCGAGGCUGCGUCUAAGAAGCCGGCCAAGAACGGAGGCCUGCGCGGCAGCGAUAAGCCCAUCGUCGGCAUCUUCAGCAACUUCUCCAAGAUUUCUGUUGUUUCCGCCAUGACCAUCUACCUACUGAUGUUUGUGACUCACUGCACUUGGGUCACCUCCAACGCCUACUCGUCGCCUUCGGUUGUCCUGGCGAGCCGUAUGCCUGAUGGAUCCCAGCACAUCAUCGACGACUAUCGCGAGGCCUACCAAUGGCUACGCCAAAACACCAAGGAGGAUGCCAAGAUCAUGUCUUGGUGGGACUAUGGUUAUCAGAUUGGUGGUAUGGCUGAUCGCCCCACUCUUGUCGACAAUAACACCUGGAACAACACACAUAUUGCCACCGUUGGCAAGGCCAUGAGCUCCCGCGAAGAGGUCAGCUAUCCCAUCAUGCGUCAACAUGAGGUUGAUUACGUCUUGGUUGUGUUCGGUGGUCUCCUCGGCUACUCUGGAGACGACAUCAACAAGUUUCUCUGGAUGGUCCGUAUCGCAGAGGGUAUUUGGCCCGACGAAGUUAAGGAGCGCAACUUUUUCACCGAGCGUGGUGAAUACAGAGUGGACGGUGGCGCCACUGACACCAUGAAGAACAGCUUGAUGUACAAGCUCUCCUACUACAACUUUCACACCAUGUUCCCUCCUGGCCAGGCUGCUGACCGCGUCCGUAAUGUGCGUCUGCCUGACCAAGGCCCUGUUUUGAACACUCUCGAGGAGGCCUUCACCAGUGAGAACUGGAUUAUCCGCGUAUACAAGGUCAAGGACCUCGACAACGUUGGCCGUGAUCACGCCGCCGCUGCCGCGUUUGAGCGUGGACAGAAAAAGAGAAAGGCUUCCAAGAAAUCUGGACCUCGCGUCCUUCGCGUUGAUUAA